AUGACUUCAACAAGAUCGAACACCACCUCCUCAAAGCUUGAUGAAAAACGGCUUUACAUUGGAAACCUGGAUCCCUCAAUAGACGAAUAUACAGUAGUAAAACUAUUUGAGCCUUAUGGUAAAAUUACACAUUUGGAUUAUUUAUUUCACAAGAGUGGUCCAAGACGUGGACAACCCAGAGGCUACUGUUUUUUAGAGUAUAGUCGUAAAGAGGAAGCUCUGAAAGCUAUGAACGCAAUGCAUUCGAAAGUAAUCAAGCAUCGAUCAAUGAUCGUAACUUUUGCAUAUGCUGCACCAGAUAAUUAUGAAACUGGCAACAAUUCUUACUUCAAAAAACGUGGAUCGGCAUCGAUUCUUAACAAUAGACCGACGACGAUUUCAUUAUUGAAAACGCAUAAAAUGGUGAAUGUCAGCACUGAUUCAAAGAUUCAAGCACUAGAGCGAAAAUUAGCACAAAUGAAGCAGCAACAACCAUCACAAUCUUCUGCGAAUAGUUCAUCUGUCUCGCGGCCAUCGUUUUCAUCUACAAAACUAGAAGAAAAAUCAAAAAAAGCAAAUCCAUCAUCAUUACUGUCUACAAUUUCACAAGACAUUGUAUCAGAUGCUGCAGGAAAUAAGCAGCAAAGCAAAUUAAAUAGAGAGCAAAGGAGAUUUAGUCCUUAUGAACUAUCGAAGGAAAAAAAGUGA